GGGCUUUUAUUUUGAAGGCUACAGCCGGAAGUUAUCUUCGCCGUAGUGGCUAACUUGAUGCUAAGUCCGAGCUGAGCUCGUGCAGCAGUCCUGUCACUUCAUACCGAGCUAACGAACUGAAUGAACGUGUCGGAACCGUUUGGACCGGACCAGCUCGCACACACACACACACACACACCGAACCGUACAGGUACACGCAGGUGGCUAACUAGCGUUAGCUAGCAGCGGAGCUAACCGAGCGGGAUGGAUCUGUUCGACGACCUGCCGGAACCGACACAGACUUCCGCUGUUCCAGGAGCUCGACCUCUGUCCACCAAAGAAGAAGAGGAGGAGGAGGAAGAGGAGGAGGAGGAGGAGGAGAGGAGGUUCAAACGAAGACGAGGAGAUGGAGCUGAGGAGGAGCAGGAGGAGGUCAAGAGAGUUUGUAAAGAAGGUCUUCCCGUGCUCAGAGGUUACGUGGCGGCGCGGCGCGGCGAGCGGGACGAGAUGCAGGACGCUCACGUGCUGCUGCCGGACAUGAACGGCUACCUGUCCGCUCUGCCAGGAAGAGUGUCUCGGGUUUCGUACUUCGCCGUGUUUGACGGUCACGGAGGAGCUCGAGCGUCACGAUUCGCUGCAGAGAAUCUUCACCACAACCUCGCCAAGAAGUUCCCGAGCGGAGAAACUGAAAACGUGGACAAGCUGAUAAAGAAAUGUCUUGUGGACACUUUCCGGCAGACGGACGAAGACUUCCUGAAGAAAGCUUCCAGCCAGAAGCCGGCGUGGAAGGACGGCUCCACGGCGACCUGCGUGCUCGUGGUGGACGACACGGUGUACGUGGCCAACCUGGGAGACAGCAGGGCGGUGCUGUGUCGGACAGAAGCGACGGCGGCGGGCGGCGAGCGGAGGGCGGUGACGCUGGCUCUGAGUAAAGAACACAACCCGACCAUCUACGAGGAGAGGAUGAGGAUCCAGAGAGCAGGAGGCACCGUCAGGGACGGCCGGGUGCUCGGCGUCCUCGAGGUGUCUCGCUCCAUCGGUGACGGUCAGUACAAACGCUGCGGAGUCAUCUCAACGCCCGACCUGAGGAGGUGUCAGCUCACAGCCAAUGACAGGUUCGUCCUCCUCGCCUGUGAUGGUCUGUUCAAAGUGUUCUCUGCUGAUGAAGCUGUGAAGUUCGUCCUCGGCGUGCUGCAGGAGGGCGGCGUGGAGCAGGGGGCGGGGCUAACGGACGAGGAGCUCCGGUUUGAUGCCGCCUGUCAGCAGCUGGCGAGCGAGGCGGUGAGGCGGGGCUGUGCCGACAACGUCACUGUGAUCCUGCUUUCUAUUGGCUACUGACACACACACACGCACGCACACACACACACACACACACACACACACACACACACUCUGUCUCUGUUUUCCAAUAAAAAAAAA